GAAUGCCGUUGCAGCUAAACUCGAUUUAAUGAUGCGUGACGUUUAUAAAUUGCAAUUAUCCUAAUUGAAUGUUACAACAGUAAUUCUUCAAUAAACCAUUCUUUGAUGUAGAAUGUCGCGUAGUAGAUGGAUCUCUGUAGUUUUUUUGUGCAUUCCUGUUGGAUUAAUUCUUUUUUAUACACAAGCUAUAGAUUUUUUAGAUGAUGUAUCUAUACACUUUAUUGGUAACACAAAACAAGAUUGGGGUUUUAUUGAAAUAGAUUCAUCAAAAAAUAUUUUUUAUUGGUUAUAUUAUACAACAGCGAACGUAACGAAACCGGAAGAAAGACCUUUAAUAAUAUGGUUGCAAGGUGGCCCGGGUAUUGCAGCUAGUUGCUACGGAAAUUUCAUGGAAAUAGGACCCUACAGUUUUGAAUUAACAAAAAGAAACGACACGUGGAUUCGAGAAUUUAACGUUUUAUUUGUUGAUUAUCCCGUUGAAGUUGGGUUUAGUUAUAAAAUUAAUAAAGCAAAUGCCAAAUUGCCAAAGAAUAUUACACAAGUCGGCGACGAUUUAAUCAUUUUUGCUAAGAACUUUUUUACAGAAAAACCGGAAUGGAAAAAUUCCUCUUUAUACGUUUUUGGACAAAGUUACGGAGCUAAAUUUGCAGUUGAACUAGCAAAUAGGAUCGAAAUGGAAAAUAAAGAUGGAGAUGGAGGUUAUGAUUUUAAUUUAAAAGGAGUUGGAUUUUUUGGUGGUUAUAUUUCGCCGAUUGAUUUUAUUAGUAAUUAUGGAAAAAUUGGAUACACUUUAGUAAUUUUUUUUUAA